AUGCCUCGCCCUGCCCCAGCAGCGCUGCGACGAGCUUCAUCCGCCGUCGCCUCGAGCGCCGCCGCGCCUUGCACCUGCCGACCUCCACCCAGGCCAGCAGCAGCUCCGACAGCACCGCCAUCAAGCCCGUCGUCGUCAGCACCUUACUCGACCGCGGCAACCACCUCGACCGCGACCCUGUCGGGCGCCGCCGUUCCGCCCGUCCUCGACUUCCUCGCACCGGGCUUUGGCUUCUUCUCGCGCGCCCUCCCGCCAGUCUUGUCAUCAAGCGCGCCCCCACCAUCUCGAGCGCCAACCGCUGCGCCCGGCACCUCCCGCGCCGAGUCGCACCGUCCUGCGCCGCCCCAUCACCGCCACUCGUUCGCGCGCCCCGCCGCCGCCGCCGCCCUCGCCUCAGCCGCACGCGUUCGACGUGCGCUCGUGGCGCCCACUGUCGACCUCGGUCUCGGCGGCGACGGGCACGCCCGGCGCACCUUUGCGCAGGAGCGCGAUCCCGCUGCCCGCCGCGGCAAGGGCAAGGAGGUCGAGCGGGAACCGCGCCAAGCACGGGGCUCGAGCGAGGGCAGGAGCGGGUCGGGAGGACUUGCCGGCAAGGAGGACCCGACGACAACGACAUCGCCCAGCCCGCCCGUUACGCCUUCCUCCCGCCUGCGUUCCCUCCUCGCCCAACACGCCCCGCCUACCCUCCCACACGUGCGCGGCACCGGCAUCAUCCGCGCUCGCCCUUCCUCCCGCACCCGCCGCAAGUCGACCUCGCCGCGCACCCCUCCUUCCUCGCCACACACCCUCACCGUCGCCCAGGCGCGCGCAGCGCUCGACGCGCUCACCGCCGCCGCCCAGGACGGCGACUUCUACCAUGCCCUGUCGACGAGGGAGCAGCUCGACCUCGUGCGCGCCCUGUCGACGGUCGCACGGGCCGUCCAGCCCUUCCCGUCACCCGACCCGCUCGCGCCUCGAUCCGCGCCGGCCGACGCACGCCGCACCGCCCUGCGCCACCGCGCCUCGGGCGCCAUGCUCGACCUCUUGCGCCGCUCGCGCCACAGCCUGACGGCGUUCGCGUCGCUCGGCACGUCGCCGUACUCGAGCCUGCGGCAGAGCGCCGCGCUCCUCCUCCUCGACGCCUUUACGCUCGCCGAUGCGCUGGGCGCUGUCGGGCACGCCCUCCUCGGCGACGGCGACGGCGACGGCACGGUCGAGGCGCGCGAGCUCGCCGAGGCGCUCGAGACGCUCUUUCGGCCGCCGCCGUUCGACGCGGUGGCGGGCGGCGCGGCCGUCGCAGACGGCGAGGCGAGCUCGGGCGAGAGGCGCAACAGGGCGAGGGACGUGGCGAUGCGGCUCGAGAACCAGCGCACGGCGUUCGCGCUCCUCCUCCAGCUGUGGCGCACGCCGGCGUCGCUCUCGUCGUACGCCGCCGAGCAGGCCUUGCGGCUCGUCACGUCUUACGCCGUCCCGCCGCUCGACGCCCUCUUCGACGCGCACGUCGACGGCUCGAGCUCGUCGACCCGCGCCCAGGACGGCCUCAAUGACGUCCUGCGCCGGUCGUACGGCUCGCUCCUCGCCGCCCUCGAGCCGUCGCCCGCGUCGUGGUUCGUCGACCGCAUGGUCGUCGAGGGCGAGCCGCUCGCCGUCCAAGCCGAGCGCGCGGCCGCGCACCUCGUGCGGUUCCUCGCCAAGACGGGCCACCCGAUCGCGGCCCUCGACGUCUACCGCGCACUCGAGCAAGCCCGAGCCGACGCCGUUGCAGUCGACGACGCCGAGACGCUGCGCACGCUCAGCGCGCUCGUCCUCGGGCUCACGCGCGAGCGCCUGUACGACGACGCCGCGCCGCUCGCCACGCAGCUCGAGCGCGUCGCCGGCGCCCUGCAGGUCGACGCCGACACGACGAGCGCGACCGAGAGCGCCUCGCUCGACGAUGGCCCCGGCGAGUCCGCCGCCGCCAAGCUCGAGCUCGUCGCCUCGGCGUACCGCACGCUCGCCAAGCUCGCGUCGGACCAAGGGCGCAGCUCGACUCUCGAGCGCCUCCUCGGCCGCCUCGCGCGCCUCGGCAUCAAGCCGUCGACGUCGCUCGAGCCGAGCGCGCGACGCCUGCGCGUCCAGCUCGUCCGGCAGGAGCUCGAAGAGGUCCGCGCCGCGUUCGCCUCGGCCGACGUGUCGCGUGCGAGCGACGGCGACCGGGCCCGGCUGUGGGCCCAGCUCAUCGUCGCGCACGUGCGCGUCAACGACGUCGAGGGCGGCAUCCGGGCGCUGCAGGACCUCGUCGGCGCCGGCCUGAGCGCGCCGCUGUCGGCCGUCAACUCGAUCCUGCACGGCUAUGCGCGGCGCGGCCACGCCAAGCAGGCGUACGACCUGUUCGGGCAGCUCGCCGGCGGCGCGUUCGAGACGCUCAAGCCCGAUGCGACGAGCUGGAACGCGCUCGUGCUCGCGCACGCCGUCGCCCACGACCCGAGCGCGGCGGCGGCGGCCGUCUCCAGCAUGAAGGCGGCCGGCGUCGCGCCGACCCGGCAGACGUGGACGACGCUCAUGAACGCGUACGUCGAGGCCGGCAUGUGGUCGGCCGCGUUCACCGUGUACCGGUACCUCGAGACCAACCCGGACCCGAGCCUGCGCCCCGACACGCCCGUCGCCAACGUCAUGCUCAAAGCGUGUCUCGUCACGGGCACCUCGGCGCAGAAGGUCCUCGACCUGUUCACCCACCUCGUCAUGAACGGCGUCCGCCCCGACAUGGCGACCUACACGCUCGUCAUGCAGGCCCUGUGCGCCUCGAGCAUGAUGGGCGCCGCCGAGGACCUGUACCGCUUCAUCGACAGCGGCGACCACGUGCACGGCUUUGCGUCGCGCGGCGCCAUCAAGCCCGACGUGGCCAUCUUCUCGUCGCUCAUCGCCGGGUACGCUCGGCGCGGCGACGGGCCCAAGGCGCGCGCCUGCCUCGCCGAGAUGCGCGCUCGCGGCUUCCACCCGUCGUCCGUCACGGUCGCCAUCAUCGUCGGCGCGCGCCUCAUGCGGUACGAGGACGACUUGAGCGGGACCCGCCUCAAGAAGGCGAUCGAGCUCGCGACGACCCAGGCGCGCUCGUUCCUCGAGGACGCGACCGUCGACAGCGACGCGCCGUCGGUCGUCCGCAAGCAGCGCUCCGAGGCGCUCGAGCGGCGUCGCACGCGCCAGGCCGUCCGCGUCGACCGGCCCCUCGCGGCGGGCAGGGAGGCGCUCGCCGUCUUUGGGCCGCUCCUGCGCACGCUCGCCCGCACGGGCGAGGCCUCGGACGCGCUCCAGCUGUUCGAGGAGAUCCUCGACCGCAGCGACGAGCUCGACCCGGACGCCGACCCGCCCAUCGCCCUGUACACGACCCUCAUGACGGCCUUUUGGCAGCGCGACCAGCCGCUCGGGCCGCUCCAGGCCGAGGCCGCAGCCCGCAACGUCAACCUCGUGUGGACCACCUUGUACGACUCGGUCGCACGGCGCUUUGUCCGCCUUCGCGCCGUCGAUCCCGCCGCCGCGUCAAGCAGCGGCCACCGGCCGAGAGCGGCGGGGUCGAUCCGGCGCAGGCGGCGUCGCUUGUGCCUCCCGUUCACAUCCUCGUCGAGGGUUCGCUUCGACGCGUCCAACUGGAACGCGCUCGCGCUCUACUUCAUCCACGACAUGCAGCUCGAGCGCGCCCUGUGGAUCACCGAGCACGUCCUGUGCGAGCCGACGCCGCUCAAGGGCCUCGCGCGCACCGGCGACGCCGGCUCGGACGCGCCCGAGGACAUCCAGGUCGCCGACUUUGAGCGCGAGCUCGGCGGCUUGCGCCGCGCCGACGCCGUCGGCCGCUCGCCCGCACGCUUGUGGAUGGGCCGCAUCAAGGCGCGCGAGUCGCGCCGGCCGCAGACGCAGGCGCAGCUCGUCGAGCACCUCCAGAGCCUCACGACGAGCCCGACCGCCCGUGACGGGACGCUCGGCGCCAAGCUCGGCAGCGCGCUCGCCGACGCGCACAAGAAGCAGAGCGCGGCGCUGUGGCACCCGUUCGGGCGCACGCUCGGCGAGCUCGAGGCGGCGCUCGACCUCCUGUCGGCCAAGGGCACCCUGCGCAUCGAGCGCAAGUACGAGCGCCGCCUCGCCAGGGCCGACAGGGCUCCUCUCUCGCCCUCGAUCGUCACUCCAGCUCCCGCCUCGAGCUCGACCUCGUCGGCGUCGACGGCCGAGGGCGAGGCCGAGCCGGGGACCGAGCGCGGCGAGGUGAGCACCCUCUCGCCGCAGGAGGCUGCCGAGGCGAGGCAGGACCUCCAGCGCCGUCACCCGAAGACGAUGCGCGCCCUCGAGCUGUGGCGUACGCGGCGCGAGCGGCUCGCAGCCGAGCGCACGGCGCACGAGCAACGCGCCGGACGAGCUUUCUGA